CGGCUCGGCGGCGCCGGCCGCUCCCGCUCCCCCGGUCCGGGCUCUUUGUCGGUGCGUGCCGGCGGGGGUCGGCAGCGCCAUGUCCUCCCCCAAGAAUGGUUUCUACCGGCAGGAGAUCACCAAGACCCUCUGGGAAGUGCGGGACCGCUACCGGGACCUGCAGCCGGUGGGGUCCGGCGCCUACGGAGCCGUGUGCUCAGCUGUCGAUGGAAGAAGUGGUACCAAAGUGGCCAUUAAGAAACUGUACCGCCCGUUUCAGUCUGAACUCUUUGCCAAGCGAGCUUAUCGAGAGCUGCGUCUCCUGAAACACAUGAAGCAUGAAAACGUCAUUGGAAUUUUGGAUGUGUUCACACCAGAUAUAACACUGGAGAAGUUUAAUGACUUCUAUCUCGUCAUGCCAUUUAUGGGAACAGACUUGAGUAAGAUAAUGAAGCAUGAGAAAUUAACUGAAGAUCGAAUCCAGUUCCUGGUAUAUCAGAUGUUGAAAGGCUUAAAGUAUAUUCAUUCAUCAGGCAUAAUUCACAGGGAUCUAAAGCCUGGAAACUUGGCAGUAAAUGAAGACUGCGAAUUGAAGAUCCUGGAUUUUGGAUUGGCAAGACAUACAGACAGUGAGAUGACUGGCUAUGUGGUAACAAGGUGGUACAGAGCCCCAGAGGUCAUUCUUAACUGGAUGCAUUAUACUCAGACAGUUGACAUCUGGUCUGUGGGCUGUAUAAUGGCUGAGAUGAUAACAGGGAGACCUCUGUUCAAGGGAAAUGAUCAUCUGGACCAACUCACAGAAAUAAUGAAAAUAACAGGUACACCAACUCAAGAUUUUGUUCAAAAAUUGCACAGUCAAGAUGCAAAAAAUUAUAUCAAAAGCCUUCCAAAAGUCCAGAAGAAAGAUUUUGCAUCCAUCUUGAAGUAUGCAAAUCCUUUGGCUGUAAACCUUUUGGAGAAGAUGCUGGUGCUGGAUGCAGAGAAGCGAGUCACGGCAGCUGAGGCUUUGGUGCAUCCUUACUUUGAACCAAUUCACGAUCCUGAGGAAGAAAUUGAAGCUGAGAAAUAUGACGACACAUUUGAUAACAUGGAUCUUCCACUAGAUGAGUGGAAGCGCAUUACAUAUAAAGAGAUACUGAACUUCAAGCCACCACAGUCAUUGGACUCAAAGGAGACAGCAGUAUAAUGGCUCCGUAUUUUCAGAACUCUGAGGAGGGCAGAGAAGUUGUAAAUGUUUGUGACAUUUCAGGUGUAUAAAACUUCUUAUAAAUAAGCUCUCUAUAAUCUGUUUCAUCUGCACUGUAACAACGUCCUUUACUCUGCAUGUGAAGUUGGUGCUUUUGGGCAGCAACUUUUGGGCAUUUCAAAAAUAUCCAGAAACGUAUUUCUGCCUACAAACUUCUUCCUUCUGCACAAAAGGACUCAGCCUGCAGUAAGCUGGUGCCAUCCUCAAAAGAGCAGGAUUAAUUCUUCAACUCAGAGAUCUGAAGAGUACAAGUUACCACCCCAGGCAAGCUGAGAACACAGUAUGUCUGAUGUGCUGUGACUGCUCUCCAAGGCCACUGAACCGUCCUGAAUGCAAGAAGUAUUCAUGUGACUUCCUCUGGAAUAUUUCACUUUGCUGAGAUGCCUGGGAAGGCUAAUCAUCUCCUGUUACCUCAGGGACUGCAGUGGGUAGCAGAGUGAGUGCCUGCAUCCCCUGUCCAGUGUGAGUGAAAGAGAACCUCAGAAGUGUUGAUGUCCUAGAUUUUUUUCAAAGUAACCAGCAUAGCAGGACAAGAUUUCAUAAACUUGCUAGGUGAACAGUCACUGGAUAUAUAAUCACUGUAUAAUAUUUUUCCCUAAAUACAGUGCAUUUUCUUUGUAUAGAACACGAGGGAUCAAUGAUUUGCAGGGAGAAAUUCUUCAGAUUUUCUAAAAUUUUGUAAGCUUUCCAACAUCUUAGUAUUGAAAUUAUCUCAGACAAUCGGCAGUGCUGAUUUUAAAAAUAAAGUUGCAUGUGGGUCACUUUAUAGGAAAUUAAAUGAGGACCAAAAUUAUAGACUUCCUCUUCAUCAGGAAUACCUGCAGCAAGCUGGUUUUUUUCACAGUGUACAAAGCUGUUACCAGGUGAAGAAUAAUAAUUAUUCCCUUUUUUUACCCAUUUGAACUCUUCUUACUUGGAAAAACACUCAGACCUUUUGUGGAGAGGUAUCUUAGCAGAAGGAGUCAGCUUCCUGAUGGGAUAGAUAAUUUAGGUGCUUCCUGAGUUCCUCUUACUGUCCUGUCACUGUGUUUUCCUAGGUGCUUUGUUCGUAAGGAUUUCUGAGAGGUGGGAAAAAGAACUGGCAAACCUUUGUGAAGAAUUUCUGUGUGAAAUUGCUUGUCUUUCUUAAAGGUAGUAUCUUCACAGUUGACUGUUUGGAUGUGGGUUAUUCCUAUUGUAAUACACUGUGGUGUGUUACUACUGAGUGAAAUGAAUGUGAAAGAAGAUGUUUGAUCCUAGCAGGUAAUAACUGGAAAAAAGAAGAAAUUACUUGGGUUUUUUUUUGCUUUAAUAUCCAAUAUACACCAUAAGUUGAAUAAAGGCACAGUUAUUCUGUUUCUUUCAAUGAAUGUUUGAAUUAAACGCUUGUAAAUAUUAGCAUUUGUUAAAAAAUUGUGAUGAGAGUUGAUUAGCUGAGGUGGACACCUAGAGAGACUAAAUAGUAACAGAAACCUUAAAUUCAUGUAUUUGACAAGUCAUUAAAAAUGACAUUUUCAGGAAUUAAUGAUAAAAAAACCCAGAGAAUGUAUAUUGAAUCAAAAUAUUUUUCCAAACUACAGGUUUCUCACAGAGUCAUACCCCAUUUUG